AUUGUCGUUACGCGCUCGCCGGUGAGGACCCGUUCCGUCUUCCCCCCGGCGUGAAGAUUUCGCUCGACUAAUCGAUAUAUAUCUCGCGGGGCCCGAUUCGGAGAAGCGAGGCCCGCCAGGGUCCUCAGUCCGCUUCAGGAUCGCGAAUCGAUCGCGUCGCUCGACACGCUCCGGACCGCCAGGACGUGGGAGAAAGUGUUGCCGGCUUCGUUUGCUGACAUCGAAUAAGGAAACUCACCAUGGUGGAGGUGCUGAUGGAAUCGGGCGGCCAGGAGGUGGUGGUGCCCGAGAGCGGAGGAUCUCGAUCCUCGACUCCCACGGAAGGAUCGCCAAAGAUCUCUCAAAUUUCUGCUGACCACCUAAGCCUGUCCCCGAUCCAGGACUUCUACUCCGGAGAGAACAUCUUCAUCACCGGUGGCACCGGCUUCUUGGGCAAAUUGUUGAUCGAGAAGCUGCUCAGGAGUUGCCCCGGAAUCGGGUUCAUCUACGUGCUGAUCCGUCCCAAAAAGGGCAAGGACAUCCACGAGCGAGCCGAGGAGCUGCUGGACAGUCCGCUGUUCGACAAACUGAAGGAAACGCACCCGAAAUUCCGCCACCAGAUCGUCGCCGUCGCCGGGGAGUGCAACGCCCCCGAUCUUGGGAUCUCACCUUCCGACAGGGCGACUCUCAUUCAAGAAGUCUCCAUCGUCUUCCACGUAGCGGCCACUCUUAGAUUCGACGAGAAACUGAAGCUGGCAGUCGCUGUCAACGUCCAUGGGACGAAACUGAUGCUGGAUCUGGCGAAGGAGAUGCCCAAGCUGAAGUCGUUCAUCCACGUCUCCACCGCUUAUGCAAACUGCGUGGAAAAGGUGAUAGGCGAAAAAUUCUACCAACCACCGAUCGAGGCCUCUAAACUGAUGACUCUGGUCGAGUGCAUGGACGACAAACUCGCGGAAGACAUCACUCCGCGGUUGCUGGGGAAGUUCCCAAAUACUUACGCCUUCACGAAGGCCAUCGCCGAGAAUGUCAUUCACGAAGAAGCCGGCGACCUGACAGUCGGAGUCUUCCGACCGGCCAUUGUUAUUUCCACGUACCGGGAACCCUUGCGUGGGUGGAUAGACAAUUUAUAUGGACCAACUGGAGUGGCAGCUGGAGCUGGGACUGGGUUGCUCAGAUCUCUGCAUUGCGAUGGAUCGAUGCAGGCAAAUGUUGUACCUGGCGAUAUGACCGUUAAUGCAUUGAUUGUCAGCGCGUGGGACGUCUACGACAGGAGAAGAAAGGGAGACUCGGAGUUGCCAGUCUACAAUUACGUGAGUAAGGACAAUAAAUUGACGUGGGACCAAUUGAAGGACCUCACGUCAAAGAACGGAAUCCACCUUCCCUCUAUAAAGGCGAUAUGGUACUACAGUUUCCGAAAUAACAAGUACAAGUUUAUUCAUCUGUUCUACGUGUACUUCCUGCACUUGUUGCCUGCGUUCUUGAUCGACGCUGCUACUUUGUGCGUGGGAAGGGAACCGAGGCUACUAAAGGUCUACAGUAAAAUUCACAAGUUCAUGGAGGUGCUACGAUAUUUCUCCACGAACGAGUGGGCGUUCUCGAACGACAACGUCAACUCUAUGGUGGACAAACUAACGACUCGAGAUCGCGAGAACUUCUUCUGCGACAUAAAGGCACUCAGUUGGGAGAAGUUCUUCGAGAUGUACAUCCAGGGCAUCAGAGUGUACCUUAUCAAAGAUCCCCUCGACACUCUGCCCGAAGCUCGGGAAAAAUGGCGGAAGCUUUACUGGAUCCAUCAAGUCACCAAGGUCAUCUUAGCGUACGUCGCCUUGAGAAUCUCGUGGUCGGUGAUAUCGUCGCUCUGGUUAUUGGUCGCAUAAUCGAUCGAUGAUCGAUCGAUCGUCGAUCGACGAUCAGGGACGGAUAUUGAGCCACGAGUCGCGAUUGCUACACAUCGCGGAGAUGAUCAGGAGAGAGCGUCGUUUUCCCGUCUGGUCGUUCGCACUUUGGAAGCCGAUCGGGGAUGCAAGGAGCAAGGAGUGCAUCGAAUGUGCAUCCGCAAUCGUCCUGACGUUCACAGUCCUGGUGAAAACGAGGACACGGCCACGCUUUCGCGUCUUUUUGUAGAAAAUCCCCCUUUACGAAAAGCGCCAUAUCGUAAUCCCUAAAGAAGUCUUCCAAGGACCUCUGCUGUAUACCGUAGUCGUAACAAUUAUUAAGUAAUUUUAGGGCAUUACGCUUAGCUGGUAGGUCGUUAUGGUUAAGAAGUACCUGCACGUGACGUAUCGUGUGUUUUGUAUAUGCCUUAUUUAUAUUAAAAGUCAGUUCUUUUGUAA